CGCUGACCCAUGUGCUGUUAUUGUUUUGUUUUAACACGUGGAAAGCAUGGUGCAGACGUGUUGUGUUAUUAACUGCCACAAUCGUUCACGCGAUCGUAGCGGGAAUAAAAAGGACGGGGUGAGAUUUUUCUCAUUUCCAGCGUGGAAGCAAAGCCAUGGAGCUGUGAUCUGUGAGCUAACAAAGAGACGCAGAAUGGCCUGGAUAGCAGCCGUGAGACGACCAAACAUCACUUUCAACGCCAACACCCGACACAUGUUGGUGUGUUCACGGCAUUUUCACACUGGGACACCAGUUUAUCAAAUGGAUGAAAGCCAUCCAGACUGGGCACCCUCAUUACAUCUCGGACACACGGAGGUGGAAGCUGCAGAUAACGAGAGACUACAGGUGACAUUGUACGAGGAGGACGUUUCUCCAACAAGAGAGGAGAACGAGCGACUACGACAACAACUGGAAGCUCAAGUUGUGCUACACAUUGAAGACAUCCAGCAACUGAUUGGUCGUCAAGAAGAAUGUUCUCCUCAGCCAAACUGGGGGAGCUCCACUUGGGAGCGGGAAGAACAACAGCCCCCUUACAUUAAAGGGGAAGAAGAGGAACCCGAGCCCACCCACAUUAAAGAGGAAGAGGAGGAGAUCCAGCCCUCUCACAUUAAAGAGGAGGAAGGGGAGCCAGAGCCCACCUACAUUAAAGAAGAAGAGGAGGAGCCACAGACCCCCGUUGUUAAAGAAGAAGAGGAAGAACUCCCGAUCAUUCAGGAGGGAGAACAUCUUCUCGGGCCAGAGGAGGCUGAUCUCGCCAAGUUGCCACUGACUGGUGUCUCUGUGAAGACAGACGACCAUGAAGACAAACCACCUGAGUCGCCACAGCUUCAUCAUAGUCCAAGUGAGGAGAUGAGAGAGGCGGAGCCUUCAUGCAGCAGCUCAUUGCAACACAUGACAAGAGAAGCUGAUGGAGACCACUGUGGAGGAUCACAAGCAGACAACCUGAUAGCUCCACUGUCAGAUAGUGACGACACAACGUCACACUCUUCUGAAUAUGAAGACAGGGACUACAACCAAGAAUCUCUGACCAGCAAUACAGACUGUGAAGGUGAUAUGACGACUCAAACUGGCAACAAACACUCUGAAAGCUCUAAAAAGAAGACAGGUAAACAUUUUAACUGCAUAGUUUGCGAUAAAAGAUUUUCUCAUAAGGGUAAUUUGGCUCAACACGUGAGAACACACACAGGAGAAAAACCUUUUAGUUGCUCAGACUGUGGUAAAUGCUUCAAUCUAAAGACAGACAUGCAAAGACACAGGAGAACGCAUACAGGAGAAAAACCUUUUAGUUGCUUAGACUGUGGUAAACGCUUCACUCAAAAGACAACCAUGCAAUCACACAUGAGAACACACACGGGAGAAAAGCCUUUUCGUUGCUCAGAGUGUGGUAAACGCUUCACUCGAAAGUCAGACAUGCGAUUACAUAUGACAACGCACACGGGAGAAAAACCUUUUAGUUGCUCAGAUUGUGGUAAACGCUUCACUCGAAAGUCAGACAUGCGAGUACACAUGACAACGCAUAUGGGAGAAAAACCUUUUAGUUGCUCAGACUGUGGUAAACACUUCACUCGAAAGUCAGACAUGCGAGUACACAUGACAACGCAUACCGGAGAAAAACCUUUUAUUUGCUCAGACUGUGGUAAACGCUUCACUCUAAAGACAGACAUGCAAAGACACAGGAGAACGCACACAGGAGAAAAACCUUUUAGUUGCUCAGACUGUGAUAAACACUUCACUCAAAAGGCAACCAUGCAAGCACACAUGAGAACACACACGGGAGAAAAACCUUUUAGUUGCUCAGACUGUGGUAAACGUUUCACUCAAAAGACAGCCAUGCAAAGACACAUGAGAACACACACAGGAGAAAAGCCUUUUAGUUGCUCAGAUUGCGGUAAAACUUUCAGUCGAAAGGCAAGUAUGGUAUUACACAUGACAACACACACGGGUGAAAAAACAUUUACUUGCUCAGACUGUGGUAAACGCUUCACUCGAAAUUCAGACAUGACAAAACACUUGAGAACGCACAGAGAAGAAAAUCCUUUUACUUGUUCAGAUUAUGGUAAAAGUUGAGCUCAAAAGGUACAAAUGGCAUCUCAUGAGUGCCCACAGGAGAAAAAACAUUUACCUGCUCAAAUUGUGGUGAAAACAUGGGGCUGCACCAUGGCCUAGUGGUGAGCAUGUUAGCCACACAGUCAGGAGAUGGGGAAGAUGUGGGUUCGAAUCUCCGUUGGGCAUUUCUGUGUGGAGUUUGCAUGUUCUCCUCGUGUGUGGGUUUUCUCUGGGUACUCUGGUUUCCUUCCACAUUCCAAAAACACGCAUGUGAGGUUAAUUGUCAUCUUUGAAUUGAUGGGUAUUUUAUUUGCAUGUACGCCGUAAUCACUAAAUAACUAACUUCUGGAUUAGGUCUGGAAAGUCAUGAUUUGUUUUCUUUUACUGACUCGAAUCACCCGUCACAAAGUGCAUGAUUCGAUUUGAUUUGAUUUUGCUCAAACAAUUGUAUGUCAUAAAAGAAAAUCGUAAAUGAUUUUUUGAUAUUGUUCCAUUGUCUUUUAUUGUUGUAUGAUAUAUAGAUUUACAUAUUGUGCUGUAUAUUGAUUUACAAACACAUUACAUAUUGGCAUUUAUGCUCACAAAUAAGUGUUGAUAAAAAUCAUUUUUGUUUGCCUUAAAAUGUUUGUCAGAUGUUUUAUUGUGAUUUUAAUCAUGGUCAAGAAAUUAAAGGCAAAAUGACCAACUUGUUCUGUUUUCAUGAAAAACUCAGUUUACAAGUAUCAAU